GGAUCGUACCGCGUUUUCUGUCCGCGGCAUCGGAAUCUCGCGGGGAGUGGCGGCGGGGGCGGGGGCGGCGGCAGCGAGAGACGACCGCCGCCCGCGCGACCGCCGCUCGUACACUCGGAACCCGAAGCGAGCGAGCGGCAGCCGCCGCCGCCACUGCCGCCGUCGGACGAGGCGCUGUCGGAGGAGAAUCAAAACCAAAAUGAGCCGCCGCCGCCGCCGCGUCCAAGCGAUGCCGCUCCGCCGACGGUGCCGAUAAUUUUGUCGCUCACCCGGGAGCUCGCGAAUACGCUCACGCUGGCACAGAUAGUGGAGACGUACAAGUUCGAAAGUCCUUCGAGUGCGAGGAGGUUUAUGAUUCACAUGGGAAUCACGGAGUGCGCGGACUGGAAUCUGCGGGAGUACGUCAGGGGGCUCACGUUGGCGCAGGUAGUCGAGCUGUCUGGGAUCCCUAGUGAAGAGCGCGCGAAGACGAUGUUGAUAAGCUUGGGAAUCAUGGAGUGCGCAGACUGGAAGCACCUGCCAGAUCUGCGGCCGCCGACGAACGACCCGGGGGACGAUGAUCUCACGGACGAAGACGAGAACGCGCCUUCGACGAUGCUGGCACCCGAUCUAGGGCGAGACGACGCCGCGGCGACGGAGCGCGACGGGUUUUGGGAGGAUAUCGCGCCGACCCAGCUCACCGCGCCGGAGGGCGUGGAAGAGGAGGAGGUGGAUGAUGAGGAGGACCACGCCUUCACGGAGAAGACGAAGACUCCGCCGGUGCCGAGGCUCACCCCGGAAGUCGCGAAGUCGCACACGAUGGAGCAACUGAGGGAUAUGUACAACUACAAAUAUGUUACUCAUGUGAAGAUGAUGAUGAGUCGCAAUGGGAUCACGGAGUGCGCGGACUGUAUCUGCGUUCGAGGCUUUUGGACGCCGAAGUGCACCGCGGAGCUCGCGAAGACUCUGCCGGGGCGGAGGCUCGCCCCGGAAGUAGCGGAGUCGCACACGAUGGAGCAACUGAGGGAUAUGUACAACUGCAACGAUGUCGCUCAUGUGAAGAGCAUGAUGACUCGCAAUGGGAUCACGGAGUGCGCGGACUGGAUCUGCGUUCGAGGCCGUUGGACGCCGAAGUGCACCGCGGGGCUCGCGAAGAUGCUCACUCUGGCGGAGAUGCAGGUAAUGUACGACUUAAGCGAACCAGUUGUGAAGGCGGCGUUGAUUCAACGAGGCAUCACACAGUGCGCGGACUGGACCGCGCCGCCGGUUCAAGCCGUCGCCACGCCGCAACCACUGACAUUGCCGGGAAAGCAAAUCGAGCCCGCCGCCGCGCCGCGCCUGACUAUCGCGGCGGCGCAUGACAAAAGCGCCGGCGCGCAGCCGAGCUACCAGGCGCCGGUUUACAACAAAAAUCCAGACGGAACGAAGAAUUCGAUCCUCGCCGUAGACCCGCCGCUGUUGGACUUUGGCCCGAUCGCGUCGGACGACGUCGGCGACCACCUCGUGACGAUCAAGAACACGAACAAGGAGAUGCCCGUGGACUUCACCGCGCCUAGGAUCAAAUUCUUCAAGACGACGCCCUCGAGCGGCGUCAUACCCGCGGGGCAGCAAGUCUCCGUGGUGGUGCGGUACGAGCCGAAGAAUCUCGGCGCGCACGGGGAGCGCCUCGCGAUCAACGCGCUCGGCGUCAACGGCGAGAUCAUUCAGACGACGACGCUGAUCGUGAAGGGGGUGUCUCCGCAGGGGCCGUCCGCGCGCGCUAAUUCUUUAGUUUCGCGGCCACACUUGGAGCGCAGCGCGCGGUGGAACCCCACGCCCGCGCAACUCGCGCGUCUCGAGGAGCUGUUCCUCACCGGCAUGGGCACGCCGAAAAGGGAGCAGCGAACGCAGAUCACGGAGGAGCUCGCGAAGUUAGGGCCGAUCAACGAGGCGAACGUGUUCAACUGGUUCAAGAACAAAAAGUCGAAGAUGAAGCGGGAUGCGUCGCAAAAAGGGGGACACGAAAAAGAAAACGCCUCCUCGAGGGUUUUCACUCCUCGAGAUUAUACACUCCUCGAGCUUAUGCAACGAAAGCCGCGAGUGAACGACGACGACGCGGACGCGUCAUUUAGGAGCUGAAAUAUAUUCACAC